GAGAAAUAAUCCCAGAUCACGACUUUGAGUUCGGUUCACCAGCACUCUGCACGACUUUCUGUAAUGGAUGUCGUAAAACCUGAGCAUGAGGAAUGACAACCUGCUACGGACCAGUUAGUUUGGGAUAUCGAUGAUCGUUCACUAGCGACUAGUAACCUAUGUCCAUUGUGCUAGCGCUCUUUGCAGCUAGCCGUGCUCUUCGCUCCAUAGCCCCGCUCAAGUGCGAUUGGGUUUGUCCCGACUCCCGUGUGGGUGACGACGGUGACGCCUAGAUUUUAUUUGUCGUGCGACAGUCAGGCGUAUCGAUUUUCUCACUUUUCUUCUUGUGCUGAAUGAGAAAGGAGCUGAGUUGCCAUUUUGUACUUUAGGAUAGUAUCUGUUAGGCUAGUAUUUCUGAUGUGUGCCGUUCAGGCGGAUGAGGAGGCUUUGGUGUUGGCUACGUUCGGUUCGCGGCAUGCGGACGAUUGAGCGAUACCUUCUCCUGUUUAUAGUGGUCUGCGUAUUCGUCGUAGUCUUGCUAUCCUGGGGAACGGAGCCAGUUUCAUUGGAGUCUGCUGGUGCUGGUCCGUCUGGCGUUGUCGACCAGUCGCAUGGAGCAUUCUUUGAUCCGCCUGGAGCGCAGGCGAGAUUUCCUGGCUCGAGGAACUUCUUGUCCAACUAUGAGUGGUCUCAGGAAGCUGCUUCGUUCGCCCUGGCGGGUCAGGAUGGCUCGGCAAGACGCCAUUGCUCAAUGAGAGACUGUUUCGACUUCUCGCGGUGUCAUGGACGUCCAUUCAGGGUCUACGUGUACCCGAAUUCAGCCGAUCCUGCCGGUAAAAAACAGUCGGCGGUGUUCGCACAAAUCUUGGAAAUCAUUCGCACGUCGCGUUUCUACACCUCUCGACCGGAGGAAGCGUGUAUAUUUAUACCGUCCCUGGACACUAUCGACCGCGACAAGAGGAGUGACAACUUUGUCCAGUCUGUUUCUCAGUUGCUGAAUGCUCUGCCGCUGUGGAAUGGUGGAAAGAACCACGUCUUGUUCAACUUGUUCUCCGGUACGUGGCCUGACUAUCAGGAGUCGCUCGGGUUCGACACGGGCCACGCGAUGCUGGCCAAGGCCUCGAUACACCGCGACAACUUCCGCACGGGUUUCGACAUCAGCAUUCCGCUCUUCCUGAAGGAGCAUCCGAUGCGCCGCAGCCAGUCGACCGUGUUUGAACGCCGUGGCUCGUUGUACCCGGUGCACCGCCGCUACCUGGUCUCGUUCAAGGGCAAGCGUUACCUCAGUGGUAUAGGCACAGAGGUGCGCAAUGCCGUGCAUCACCUUCAUAAUGGCAAUGAUGUCAUCAUGCUGACGACGUGCAAGCAUGGCAAGAGCUGGCAGCGGGUUGCCGACGAGCGCUGCGCAGUGGACAAUGCUCUCUACGACAAAUACGACUACCAUGACUUACUGGAGAAUAGCACGUUUUGUUUGGUACCUCGCGGUCGCCGUCUUGGUUCCUUCCGCUUUCUGGAGACACUGUUUGCUGCAUGCAUACCGGUCAGUAUGAGCAACGGCUAUGUACUGCCGUUUGACGAGGUUCUGGACUGGAAGCGUGCAGCGUCGGACAUUGACGAGCGGCGUAUUCUUGAGCUUCCCAGCAUCCUUCGCUUUGCUUCCACCGAGGCCGUGGUCCAGUUGAGACAGCAGGGGCAGUUCCUUGCUGAUUCCUAUUUCAGCUCCAUUGAAAAGAUUGUCAUGACGACGCUGGAGAUCCUACGCGAUCGUGUGAACCCGCAAAGCAAGCGUGGCUACGUCAUGUGGAACAGUCCACCUGGUGGACUGCUGUCCCUGCCCACGUUUGCCGAGCAGCUUCACAAGUACCCGUUCUACACGUCCGUGUUACGCGUCACACCGAACGAGAAUUACACCGCAGUAAUCCUGGCGCAUACGCCCAUCAGAAACUCUGCUUCGCCAAUUAUCAGGCUCCUGAAACAGCUGGCAUCGACACCUACAUUGGAAAAGGUAAUUGUGGUGUGGACUGGCAACGUUCCUCCUCCCAAGACCAGAAAGUGGCCCAAGAUGAGUCAGCCUAUUGAAGUUGUCACCGUGCCAGAUGGCCAGCGGAACGGAGUCAGUCGAUUUAUUAGCGACAAAAGGAUAAACACAGAUGCCAUCCUAUCGCUUGAGGAGGAUACUCGGCUAAAUGUGGACGAGGUCAAUUUUGCAUUCCGCAUAUGGCUGGAUUUCCCUGACCGCAUUGUGGGCUACCUAGCACGCAGUCAUGGCUGGGAUGCUGAUAAAGAGGAGUGGCUGUAUCAGCCUGGACUGGGCAACCAGUACUCCAUGGUACUGCUCAACGGUGCCUUCUAUCACAAGUACUACCAUCAUAUGGUGCAUGAGUUUCUCCCGCCAUCGGUGAAAUCCGUUCUGAGCAAAGCACCAUCGUGCGCCGACAUAGCGUUUAACUUCCUCGUCUCCUACGUCACUAAGCACCCGCCGAUCAAAGUGGCGCAGAAAUUUGGCAUCCGCAACGAACAGCCCGCGCUGUUUCCUCAGGCGACCCCAACGCCGAUCGGUGCAACGUACUUCAACGAUCCAUCAGUACCCGAGACGCCGGUGUCAUUAGUGUAUGCACAGCGCCAGAACUGCAUCCGCUCGUUUGUGCCAGCGUUUGGCAGGAUGCCGCUGUCACACUCACAGAUGCGACUGGACCCGCUACUGUACCGUGACAAUGUGUCCAAUUCCCGCAAGCACUAUCAUCGAGUUGGACAGCGCUGAGGCCACACGGAACAAUCUUAGAACGACGAGUUGGUUGGCUAAACCUGUUGGCCGAAGGCACCACCGGAGCCAGCGCAUCGCCAGGGCUGUGCGCCUAUGCAUUAGCUCUGCAGACGAAUCACUGAGCAACAAGCGGUCGGAUGCUGGAGCGCUAUAACAGUACUGCCAGUGACGGAGACGCUAUGCUGCUGUGUCUCAGAGAGGAUAUCACAGAGUCGUGGUGACCACCAGCGAUGUGAAUAGGAAGAUGUUGCAAGCCGCAGCGUGCACAAGCUUUACGCAUAGCUCCAGCUUUGGCCGGCCAAGCGUUUGUGGCACAAGAAAGGGUGAGCUAGCUCCAGGCUCACGUAACUAAGGGUGUACCCUAACAGCGUGUGUACACACAUAUACUUCGUUGCUAUGUCUGACGUUGACAAACAUCACUACGAACUUCGAGAGUCGUACUGUGGAGCUUGAGCCUUGAUUAGGGGCUUUGAUUUUUCUCACGAUGGUGACCGAAAAAGUUGAUUUAUUAGUCUAUCAGAUCCCGUUCCACCUUUCUAUAACUCUUUGGUUCUCUUUUUCUGACUUGCAAACCUUAACACACCUUGAGUUGAAUCAACUUCUUUUUCUUUUCUGUUCUAUAGAGGAGUUCCAAUCCCUGAGAAAAUCGAUGUGUUGAGAGCCGAAAUGCUUCAUUGAUUUAAUCAUGCGGCCAUUGAUUUUCGCACCGGCUAGCUGAGACCUGAUGAUCCCCCCCCCCCCCCCCCCCCCACUACCUCUCUAGUUUCCCUGCUUGAGUGUUGGCGCACUCAACCUGGGCGAGGCACUUAUUCGUUGAGCUCACCCUUAUACCCUGAUUGCUAGUCUUACCGCUGACUUCCCCAUGUGGCUUGAACUCCUGUUUUACAUGCUAAUUUCUUAUCAGAAUGCUCUGAAUGAAAGCCGAUUACGGAUUACGUGCUCUGCUGUGUUGCCAGCUAGCUCUGCUCCGGUUUGAACAAGUCCCAUCGCUGCAUACAAACACUGCCCAAAAAUGAUAGGCAAGCGUAUAUUUGAUGGGUAACCAGGUUAUAAUACAAUGACUAUGUUACCGUG